AUGUUUGAUCUCAUUCUAGAGGCAUUACUUCUGUUUAUAGAUCUAAUUCGAUUCCACUUGAUUUCCUUCUACAAAUACGUUCUCCCAUACUCUCUCCUUCCAAAAAAAGAAUUUCACGGGAAGAGAAUUCUGAUUACUGGAGCUGGAAGUGGACUCGGCAAGCUCUUGUCUCGAAAGUUUGCAGCUCAGGGUGCUGAAUUGAUUCUAUGGGAUAUCAACUUAAAAUCGGUGGAUGAUCUGAAAGAUGAGUUUAAGAGUAACGGAGUUAAAGCCCAUUCCUAUGAAGUGAAUCUGUGUGACCCAAAUAAAAUAUCAACAGUAGGACAGCAAGUACUCAGAGAUAUUGGAAAAGUUGAUAUAUUGGUUAAUAAUGCUGGUGUUGCUACUGCCAAAAUGAUUUUGGAUAGCAAUGUGAAAGAUAUCGAGACCUCGUUUGACGUCAAUGUCAAGGCUCAUUUUUAUACUGUUCAACAGUUUCUACCACCAAUGCUGGAAGAAGACAAUGGACAUGUGGUCACUAUCGCUUCGGUAGCAGGAAAAAUGGGUUCAGCUGGAUUGGCAGACUACACAUCUACAAAACAUGCUGCCGUUGGGUUCCACGAUUCUCUUGUGGCUGAAAUUAUGGCCAGUGGAAAAGAAGGAGUUAAGACCACACUAGUGUGCCCAUACUACGUUCACACUUCGAUGUUUGAUGCUACUGGAGCCACAACUAGGUUCCCUUCCAUAUUCCCGAUCCUUGACACUGAAUACGUUGUUCAAAAGAUUUACGAAGCGAUAGAAACAGAACAAGAGUAUCUAGUGACGCCUAAAAGUUUUUAUUGGAUUCUUCCUGGCACUCAAAUUCUUCCGUACAGAGCACAAAAAGCGAUCGGUCAAUUCCUCGGACUUAUCCAGAGCUUGGACAGAUUUCAUAACUAA